GUCGAGUGGCGUGCGAUAUGUUGCGCCUCCAAACCGAUCACUCGACUUAUCUUCUCGACAGUCAUCCGGAGAUCUCGAAGAAGAUUAUCGAAGGCUUGUGUUCUACUCUUAUGACACACUUUACUUUGGUUCAGAACCAGAAAAUGUUUAAAGAAUAUAAAAAUAUAUUGUUGACAAUAAUGUUUUGUUUGGCCGAUUGGUGUCUAUCGGUCCCUAAGAUAUUCUUAGAGCGAACGCUUGUCUCUGAGGGCAUAUCCGAGUCGAUGAUGAGUUUAGUGUUGCGCUGUUUCUCGACUAUUGCCUACACUGACACCAAAAAUACAAAAUUCUCGACUCCAACGACAGCCGCAGAACAGGAAAUCGAUUACACCAUUCAUGCGGACACUUCUGCCGAAUCUGGUAUUAGUCCAAACCCUUCGCCUCGAAAGCGAAUGAUUAAUUCAAACGACGAGAAUAGAAGUCAAGCAAACAUUGAGCUUAAAGAUACGGAUGAGAACACUAUUCGUUUGGCCGCUAACUUAAUAAUCGGUCAUUUUAUCAACUUUUUGGGCCAUUUCCCGGAACAAGAGUUGGGCGCCGCAAGACUCAGUUGUCUCAUCAAUGAAAACGACGACAAUUUAAGGCUUUCAAACUGCGAGACUUUCGAUCUCGAAGUCCUAAACGCUCCA